AUGCAAACACUAGACGAGACUUCAAAUCUACUUCCCGCUCCUGAGGAAGCUGAAGCUCCUCCUUUGGAGCAAAAAUAUCACGAGUACAACCUGGCUUUACCGAAGUUCCCCAUCCUGUUUUCGCUAUGGCUAGGUAGUUUUUUGAGCUCUUUGGACAGUACUAUUGUUGCCAAUAUUAUGAAUAGAGUUGCUGAGGAUUUCUCUGAAUCCAGCAGAAAGCAAUGGAUUGCCACAAGUUUCCUUUUGACUAAUACUGCUUUCCAGCCACUCUACGGUAAGCUCUCUGAUAUAACAGGACGAAAGUCUGCACUAUUAAUUGCCCAAUUUUUCUUUGGCCUGGGGUGCUUAUUAACAUGUUUUGCGAGAAACGUCACAGAAUUUUCCAUAGCUAGAGCCAUAUGUGGUAUCGGUGCAGGUGGUUUGAACGCCAUUAGUAGCAUUGCUGUUAGUGAUAUAUGUACAGCAAGAGAAAGAGGCGUUUACCAGGGAUAUGCGAAUAUUGUUUUUGGGUUUGGCCAAUUGCUAGGUGCUCCAUUGGGUGGUGUAUUCAUAGAGACCAUAGGAUGGAGAGCCCUUUUUGGCGUUCAAGUUCCCAUGAUAAUGUUGUGCACGAUAUUAGCAAUCAAGAACAUUAAUAUUAAGCUCUUCCAUGUGCCUCCUAUGAAGGAAAGAUACACGUUGAAGAACUUAUCACGGAUAGAUUUAUUUGGCUCCUUAAGUCUGGUGGCAACCAUCAGUGGAGUGUUAUUUUUGUGCUCUAGUCACUUGAAUAAGCUAUACUUAUCAUUAUUUACCAUCGGUAGCUUUAUUGUUUUCGUUCUAGUGGAACGCUAUUACGCAACGGAAAGAAUAUUGCCGUUCGAAUUAUUGACUCCUUCAUUCUGUUUGAGCUCAGCGGUAACAGUUAUAUCUUCGUUCGUUGUUUUUGGUGAGAUUUUCAGGUCACCAAUCUAUCUGCAGCUACUCCAGAAUAUCAGUGUUACAAAGACUGGUCUCUUUUUAAUUUUCCCCUCUAUAUCAGUUGCGGUGGGAUCGUUAGUAACAGGAUGGGUUUUGCGAAAUACAAAAAUUAACCUAGCUCAUUGUGCUUACCAAAUCAUCUUCGGUGGUAUGGUAACGCAGCUACUGGGCUUGGGUUUGGGCUAUUUGCUCCUCGCGCAUUUAAAUCCUGAUUACACCGUAUACGAUAUGCUUGAGUCUAUCACAUUCAAAUCGAAUUCAAUUUGGUGGAAACUUAUUUACGUGUUUGCGUCAGUCCUCGUAUCUUUUGGCUAUGCGUGUUUAUUAGUGGCCACAUUAGUAAGCAUUGUCUUCACUGUUGAAAAAUCACAGCAGGGGACCAUGACUGGUGUUUUCUACCUGUGGAGAUCCAUCGGUAACGUCCUUGGUGCAUCCUUGACUUUAGUGUCUUACGAGAAUAGCUUGUCGUCCAUGUUAUGGAACUAUAUGUUCAAAUCGAAGCGUGAGGACGAAUAUCACUUUUCUAAAAAGCAGUAUUAUUCUCUUAUCGAUGAUUCAAGUUAUCUAAGAGGAAACAACUUUCCAAAAUACGUAUUUGUUCGCAUUCUGGAUGUUUAUAAGAAGGCAUUUUUGAUCUCCUAUAUUCCAAAUAUAGCUUUGGCAGUAAUUGGAAUGGUUUUAUCGUUAUAUCUGGUGAAACAUACGCUUAAACGCAGUUCUAGUUGCUGA